UCUUGGACAGCCUUACUGAACGUGUGCGGGUCGUCGCUUUCGCUGCCAGCGUCUGUGGCCGCUGCGCCUUUGUGGGUUUCUAAGUGCAAGUAUUUUGGAAAAGAAAAAGUCCAUGGGCAUUCAAAGUUUUCAGUUUAGUGUAGUGUUGGCAUAUCAAUCAACUUUUUUGCUUUUCUCAAGAGCCCGGGGUAUCGCCAACAGCAAAAUGUUGGUCUCUACUACUGUUGGCCAUAUGUUGAUUGAUGUGUACAGUGUGUUACGCACCAAAGAGCCUGCUAAUGGCUGUCAGCGGCGAGUGGAUGUGCUCGCGGAUCGCGUCGGUAGCUAACGCUGUCGAUGCUGCUGCUGCGACGUUGGUAUG